GGCUAUGGGUCACCCUGGCCCAAGGGUCUCCCCUCCUUCCUUUCCUCCCAGCAGGCCAAGAUGGUUUGCUCACCUGCUCUCAGCUCUUUAUUUUAAUCUCAGGAAGGUUCUGGGAGCUCCCCCUGCCCCCUUCCCUCCAAGAACUGGGAAGGACCGGCCGCAAAUCCCCCUAAUCCACCCGCACUUCAGCCUUGCUGCUCCCGGCAGCGCCCAGGCAGCCAGACAGCGCGUCCCACCGGCCACCAGCUGGCACCCACUCGUCCUCACCCAUGGGGAACAGCAGAAGCGGCGCGCUGUCCAAGGAGAUCCUGGAGGAGCUGCAGCUGAACACCAAGUUCACAGAGGCGGAGCUGUGCACCUGGUACCAGUCAUUCCUGAAAGAGUGCCCUAGCGGCCGCAUCACCCAGCAGGAGUUCGAGAGGAUCUACGCCAAGUUCUUCCCCGACGCCGACCCCAAGGCCUACGCACAGCACGUGUUCCGCAGCUUUGACGCCAACAGCGACGGCACCCUGGACUUCAAGGAGUACGUCGUGGCCCUGCACAUGACCACCGCGGGCAAGCCCACCCAGAAGCUGGAGUGGGCCUUCUCCCUGUACGAUGUGGACGGCAACGGGGCCAUCAGCAAGAACGAAGUGCUGGAGAUCGUCAUGGCUAUUUUCAAAAUGAUCAACCCUGAGGAUAUGAAGCACCUUCCCGAUGAUGAAAACACUCCGGAAAAGCGGGCUGAGAAGAUCUGGACAUUCUUUGGAAAGAAAGAUGAUGAUAAACUUUCAGAGGAAGAAUUCAUUGAGGGGACCCUGGCCAAUAAGGAAAUUCUGCGACUGAUCCAGUUUGAGCCUCAAAAAGUGAAGGAAAGGAUAAAGGAAAAGAAACAGUGAGGCCAACUGCUCAGCUCUUCCCUCCUCCUCACUGUUCACUUAAAGACCUUUGAAUACGUACACCACACACACAUGCACGCACACACAUGCAUGCACACCCAGGGCCAAAGAAGAAGCCUGCAGACCCCCAGCCAAGCUGAAGCAUCUCUAGCCAUCUACCAGCUCCUUCUUCCUCCCGUCUUUCCUGUCCCUCCUGUCAUAUCACUCCUGCCUUCCCUCCCCCUUCCCCAGCUGCCAGGGCUGCAUAAUCCUAGGAUUAAGUGACAGAAGUCCUAAAUGUUAGCCCUGCCUAAGCCCC